GUCUUAAUCGGAUUUUGUCAACAGGGGCCGGCAGCAGAAGAAGUCAGUCGGUUUCGGGGUAGGCUACUUCAUUGCUAGCUGUGUCAGUUGGAGUACUUGUAUGUUCCCGUGCCGUCGUUUCUUUCUGACCGUUAACGGGAGCUCAGUUUGUCAUCGUUGGUGUUAUGGAACUGGACAAAAUGGACGAGAACGACUGGAAGUAUCAUGGAGAGGGGAACAAGAGCCUGGUGGUAUCACACGUACAGCUGUCAAGAGUUCUGCGCCUACUCAAGUAUCCAGCCGAGGACUCUGAAAACCCCCCACAGACAGUGGAGCAGGCCUUCAGGCAGAUCCAGAACAUUGUUGACUUCAGCUCCAACGUGAUGAGCAGCCUGCUGGGAGAGAAGUUCAUCCACAGCGGGGAAGUGGUCAAACUGCCGCUAGAGUUUGUGCGACAGUUGUCAAUCAAAGUUCAACAUCAAAGACCAGCCUGGCGCUGUGAGAAGGUGAUGGACAUCUACAGCGGCUGUGCACUCUGUCUACCCAACCUGACAUCUCCAGCCCUCCACCAGCCAACACACACUCCUCCACUCUGUAUUGAGAUCAAGCCUAAGUGUGGCUUCCUGCCGUCCUCUAAACACGUCAGCAAAGACAUCAAGACCAAAGUGUGCCGCUUCUGCAUGCACCAACACUACAAGGUGGCCAAUGGAAAGUGGAAGAGACGCAGUCUGUACUGUCCUCUCGACCUUUUCUCAGGAAACGGACAGAGAAUGCACUUUGCCAUCAGACACCUGAUAGAAGAACCUCAGAACAACUUCAAAAUCUUCAAGGGCGGUCAGUGUAUCUACAGCAGUAAGGAGGGCAGUGACGACGUGAUGGACCUGACUUCUCUGCUGCAUCACCUCCGCCCAUACUUCCAGCAUGGAAACAACCGGAUCAACAGUCACAUGACCAGCAAAGCUGUCCUGAACGACUUCAUCCAGGUCCUGGUGAAUGCCCUGCUGAGUGGGGGUGGAGGAGCUGGAGGGGUGGUGACGGACAGACAAGGAGAAGGAUGGAGCUUCUGUGAAGCAAGUGCGUUCAACAAGGAGAGGAUUCGCCAUGGCUCUCAGGGUUUACCCAGUGACAGUGUUUUGUUCAGGACACUUCAGACUCAGAUGUUGGACACGCUGGACAUUGAAGGACUUUACCCUCUGUUCCGCCGGGUGGAGCAACACUUGCAGGACUUCCCUAAAGAGAGAACUCGUCUUCAGAUGGAUGGACCGUACAACGAGGCCUUCCUAGAGAAGCUGCAGAAGUGUCCGACUGAGGACGACGGCUCUGUGGAGUACGCUGUCGCCAAGGUCCACCAGUACCGCGUUUCCAUGACAGCCAAGGACUGCUCCAUCAUGAUCACCCUGGUACCUAGAAGUGAGGCUGAAGAGGAUGAUGAAGGUCUUUCCAGUCAAAGGUGGCUCAGGGACUUCCUCUCCUCCAGACCUCCUGCCUUCUCUUACUCUGUCUCCAUCUUGGAUCUGGACCCGAAGCCGUUCGACAGCAUCCCCCGCCAGUUGCGCCUGGACCAGAAGAUCGUCUCCUGCUACCUGAGGACUGGUGGUGCCUUGCCAAAGGGCUCUACGCCGCCGCACUCUGGCAUCUUCACAGCGGCAGAGAGGGAGGACUGCACGCUGCUCUUCCACCCUGUGUGAUUGGCCAAUUAGAGCCGGACAAAGACCCUGAAGACGAAGACCUACUCCCUCCCUGCUGAUGCUUCAGACAGACGCCAUGUUGAUGCAGUGUAGAAUCACUUCAUACCAGAGCUGUUUAUCGGAGACUUCACUGCAGCACUUUGUCCAUGCUAACAGUUACCAGCUCAACAAAACUAAAACCUCUAGGAAGUCAUCGCUCACCCACCAGGCGUUUAAGAGACUUCCAAAACUUCCGUUAAUGGUUCUAGAGUUCUUUUGUGUCGUUGUUCCUCAUUCCUGUCAGGAGGUGAAUCCCAACAUCGCUCUCUUCUGUCAUGAUUCAUAUUUAUUAGAAAAUUAACUUU